AUGUACUUGAUCAGUGUCUUUGGAAACCUGCUCAUCAUCCUGGCUGUCAGCUCUGCCUCCCACCUCCACACGCCUAUGUAUUUCUUUCUCUCCAUCCUGUCCUUUGUGGAUGUUUGUAUCACCUCUACCAUCAUCCCAAAGAUGUUGGUAAAUAUACAGACACAGACUAAAGUUAUAACCUAUACAGGAUGCAUCAGCCAGAUCUAUUUUUCCACACUCUUUGCAGGCUGGGACAACUUUCUCCUGGCCGUGAUGGCCUAUGACCGCUUCGUGGCCAUCUGUCACCCCCUGUACUACACGGUCAUCAUGAACUCCCGGCUCUGUGGACUGCUGGCUCUGGUGUCCUGGAUCACGAUUGUCUCCUUAUUUUAUUGCACGGUCCUGGAAGGGUACCUUAUCUCCUCUGCUACGCAGAACUCCCACUCAAGUGCAACAGCCUCGGUGAUGUACACGGUGGUCACGCCCAUGCUGAACCCCUUCAUCUACAGCCUGAGGAACAAAGACAUAAAGGGGGCUCUGAGGAGAUCCUUCGGGAUGGCAGGGACAAAAGGGACCAUCGUCCUGCUGGUGAAGAAGUGCCCUUGA